AUGUUGAGAGCACCAGCUGCCGGAUUUCCACGGUUAAUUCAAAAGACUAGUUAUAGAGCGUUCUCAUCUACAUUAGCUAAAAUGAGUGAAUCAGAAACUCCAGUAUUAUUUUCUGUGCAGGAGACUGCUAGAAUUGUUACACUAAACAGACCUAAGAAACUGAACGCCCUUAAUGAAGAGAUGUGUUCUUCCAUUUUCAAUACGUUGACAGAGUAUUCCAAGAGUGAUGCAGCCAACUUGAUUUUGAUUAAGUCCAAUAACAGUCCAAGAUCGCUUUGUGCUGGAGGCGAUGUUGCGUCUGUGGCUCAAAGUAAUCUAGACAAGAAUUUUGAGUCAUCAAUCAAUUGUUUUAAAUCUGAAUAUUCGUUGAAUUUCCAGCUGGCAACUUAUCAGAAGCCAGUUGUGGUGUUUAUGGAUGGUAUUACCAUGGGUGGUGGUGUUGGUUUAUCAAUUCAUACUCCUUUCAGGAUUGCGACAGAAAAUACCAAAUGGGCUAUGCCUGAGACAGACAUUGGUUUUUUCCCAGAUGUUGGCACAACAUUUGCUUUACCAAGACUGAUCACACUGGCUAACAAGAAUGCUCAAAUGGCAUUAUACUUGUGCUUAACUGGUGAUGUGAUCAGUGGUGAAGAUGCGUACCUGUUGGGUUUAGCGUCUCACUAUAUUCCACAUUCUAAUCUAGAGAAAUUACAAACCAGGUUAGGAGAAUUACGUCCAGCAUUGGACAUCAAGUUCUUCUCUGAUGAGUUUUUUGAUUCUGUUAACUUAGCUAUUGAGGAAUUCACAACACCAUUGCCAACUAACCAUAAAUUCAAAUUCAGUAAAGAUCAGUUGGAGGUUAUAGAAAAGUGUUUUGACAUUUCAAGUGGUGAAUCAAUUAAUGCAAUUUUCUCGAAAUUAGAAGCAUUUGAAGGAACUCCAGAAAUGAUGCAAUUUGCAAGAGAUACUAAGAAAAAACUUGAAUCGAAAUCCAUGACCUCAAUGCAAGUUGGUAUUCGUUUGAUGCAGGAGAACUCGAGGGAUGAUAUUGAAUCAGCUCUGAAAAGGGACCUCACAACUGCUGUCAACAUGUGUGUUAAUGAUUCUGGUAUAGCUGAGUUUUCAGCAGCUACGAAGCAUAAGCUGUUGGACAAGCAAAAAGUACCAUAUCCAUGGAAACAAAGAACAGAGCUUACUCCACAGCAGGUAACCUCAUUGAUCGCACCAAAACCAUCUUUGCCUGUUUCAUUGAUACGAAACAAUUCAAACGUAACAUGGAGUCAAUACCCACACUCAUUAAAGUAUCAACUUCCUAGAGAUUAUGAAAUUGAGCAACAAGUUGAGAAGUUAAUUAAGCGUGGCCCUAUAAAGAAGAACGAUGUCGUCAAAUACUUUACUGACUUUAACCCACAGACUAAAGCUAAAUUAGGUGUCGAACAAUACUGUGACUUGUUAUUUGAUUGGAAACUCUCAUUUGAUCAUGCUUCUGGGUUACGUUGGAAGAAGUAA